CGGAAGUCUGGUCGGGUCAGGUCUGGUCUGUUUAAGUCUGGUCUGGUCUAGUUUGAUCCGUUUAAGUCUGGUCUGUUUAAAUCUGACUGGUAUGGUCUGGGAUUGAAAACAAUCCAAAAGAAAACCUCCUGACUUUAAUAACUCUGACGAUUAUAAAAAAAAUUACGAAGUGCAUAAAUUUGUGACCUAAAGCUUUCCUUUUAGCCUACCUCAACCAUAAUUCCUCGAUCCAUGUAAAAUAGCAACUCCUUUUAGUCAAAUACCGAAUUUCAUAAAAUUUACUCGGUCACAUAAAAUUAUGUAUUCAAUAAAGUGUUAUAUAGAUACAUCUACCUAUGAAAAACAAUCAGAUGAGCCCUGAAACCCUUUUGACAAUCUGGUAAUCCCGAUUUUAGCGCACGUCUGACCACCUUUUCAAAAAAGAUUAUAAGGUUGACGUGAAAUGCUUCACCAAGAUUGUCUUAAAUAUAGCUAUAUAGGUAGAGAAAAAUAACGACACGUUAGCUAAAAUCAAGAUUAUGAGGUUGUCAACGAGCUAUUACGACUCGUUUGUCAAUUUGGAUGUUCCCAAAAACAAUUUAUCAUUUCCUCUCACUAACAAUCAUUACCUCUUUCUUUUUAAGGAUGUUUUCUUUUGGACGGUUUUCAGUCCCAAACUAAACUUCCGUAGUUAUAAAAUACACAGAGAUCAGACGUUUACUAGACCAGACCAGAUCAGACCGGCAAAUUUCAGCCCAAAAGAAAACCUCAUAACUACAAUCAUAUAUUUUGACUUUAUUCUUAACUUUUAAACUUCUAUCAAGUCAAAUUAACAAGAGUUUUAUGAGAUUAAUGGAGUAUUGUAUAAGGAAAAGUGAAUUUCUUUCUUUAUGAGAGUAAUUUUUUAAUACUUCGUAUACAACUAAGACGCAAAUGGUCUGGGUUAGGUGAUCCAACUUCUUCCCUUCUAAAAGCAGCUAUCCAAAAUCGAAAUUCUGGCAACAAAAUCUCUCUAUCUGCAAUAAGACAAAACACAAAUUGAGACUGUCUAGAGCAAAAAGACAUAGAAGAAACAGAUGCCCAGACAGUAUCAAUGGAAUGCAUGGGAUUAGUAGAAAAAUGGUAAUAAUCCAAUUUGGUACUAUCUGAGCAGAGACUACUGAUUCAACUAAGAAUUGGUAUUAUUAUAAUACAAACCUCACUAGCUCCUUUACUUUCAUCCUCCUCCACUCUUAGUGCCCUUUUCCAUGGCUUUCUUCUCUGCAAUUGUUGCCUUCUCUACUCUCAUCUUUCUGUAUUCUCCUCAUCCUUUCUGGGAAUCCUUUUACUCCCCGCUCCUUGUUUUGACCUUCGCCCUCCUCCUUUCCAUCCUCCGGCUCAUCGCUUCUCGUAGACCCGCCCGGUUCGGCGAAACCGAGGUCGGUCCGGUUGGACCAUCUUCAUGUGAUUCUCCCGCCGAUGCGAAAUGUCCGGGCCCUGACCCGAACCCGAUCCACGACGGCUUGAUUCUGGAUCGGAAUGCGAGAUCUGCAGAAGAGGCGAUAGACGAAGAGUACGACGGGGAAAACGACGGCGUUCUGCACGGGAAGAGAGGUCUGGAUCUGGGCGCCGCCAUUGAGAGGUACGAUUCCCUCGCGUUGUGCUAUCCAGAAACUGAUUCCGACUGUUCUUCGUCGGACGGGGAGUUUACGGAGAUCGGAGAGUGGCGGGACGAGUAUUCCGGUGGGUGGGAGGAGGAGAGGGAGGAGAUGAUGAUUGAGAUUAAACUGGACUGGGAGCGAAGGCCUAACAAGGUAGUUGUGGAGGAGGACAAUUUGAUCGAGAUCGACCUUUCCCCUAAUCGCGAGUUUUGUGAUGAGUUUUCAGAUUAGUGUUCAUGCACGUUCUUUCCCAAAAUUGCUAAUGUAAUUAAUUUUGUUGAUUUUGUAUUAUAAAUUAGAAAUAAUAUGUAAUUUCCUUGUACCAUAAUGAUUUUUCAUUCUAUCAUUAUAUGAAUUAAUUCGCUUUUUGGUUCUACGAGU